AUAUAUAUAAUUAAACACCCUCCUUUUAAAAUAUCCCAUUAAAAAAGAGAGUUCCAAAGUCAAACUUAUAAGCUAAUUAUCUAUCAUCCCCUCUCUCUCUCUCUCCUCUUUCUCUCUCUUCUCUUUCAUAAAUAUAUGGCUGAUCAAUUGGUAGCUGACAUGGAGGACUGGAGUUUGCAAGCAAUAGUCAGAGGAUCCAGCGGCGACUACGCUAAGAUCGCCGAUACAGAAAUGGACGGCCACGAUUCGUUCUUCGACAAUCACGACCAAUUCGAUCCUCGGGAGUUUCUUUCCUCCUCCGCGGCCGGUUUCCCCGAGAUGUUCGCCGGUUCGAGCGAAGAAUUACAGGAGCUCUACAAACCGUUUUACCACCCGGCGGCUGUAACUACCACCACCACCACCAGUACUUCCCCUCCGGUUCAUACGGGUACGGUUCUUGAUUUUCAACAAGACCAAAAGCUUCAGAACAUUCUCGAAGACGAUAGUAAACAAAAGCUUGCUAGGGUUUCGCCUGCUGCAGCAGCAUACACACCCAAAUACAAGAAAAGGAAGAAUCAGCAUAAAAGAGUGGUGGUUCAAGUUUCAGCUGAGGGUCUUGCUUCUGAUAUGUGGGCUUGGCGUAAAUAUGGCCAAAAACCUAUCAAGGGUUCACCAUUUCCAAGGAGUUAUUAUAGGUGCAGCAGCUCAAAGGGCUGUUUGGCAAGGAAGCAAGUUGAGGAAAGCUGUACGGAUCCCGGAAAGUUCAUUAUAACCUACACAGCAGAGCACAGCCAUAGCCAGCCAACAAGGAGGAACUCCUUAGCUGGCACCGUUAGGCAGAAAUUCCCAUCCCCAUCUUCGAAAACUACCCCGAAUAAUAAUAUUUCUAGACCUGCCAAACAAGACCUUAAGGCUGCUGACGUGGCGAUGAGCCCUCCUAUGAAAACCCUAGCUGAUGAUCAUCAUCACGAGGCGAGAAUUAAAGAAGAGAUGAUCAAUAGACAGGAAAAGGAAGGUGUGGUUGAAGAAGAUGGUGGGGAUUUUAUGGCGUCGGAUUUUGUGUUCAACGAGGAGUUUUUUUCCGGGUUGGAAGAUUUCGAUCAGUUUAUGGCGGCGGAGUUGCCUGGUUGCCAUGCUACUGCGCAGCAGUUUCCGGUGAGAUCUUGUAGCAGCUGGUUUUAGGGUUAGUUAUUAAGGCCUUUUUCACAGUUAAUUAAAUAUAUUUGCUUCUAGUGAAGAAUAUUAUGUGCAACAUCAGUUGCAUAUACAUAUAUAUAUGUACGUAGUGUUUCGAUUCGAGUUUUAAUUUAUAGAGGAAUUCGGUGUAUAGUGGAAAUUAGACGAACGAUCCGGAACGAAUAAUGAAUACAUUACAAUCUUUGUUAAUGCAAAAUCACUGAUUUCAGUUUU